GCUCAAGUCAACAUUUUUUGGAUUAAAAAAAAACAAAAAACAAAACAACCAAACAAUGAAUCUUGAUGACCAAACAACAUAUGAGUAUAUUUAAAUAUUAAUCCGCCAACUGAAACUAACAAGUUGCUAGCACACGCCCCCUCCGCUGGCCUACUUUCUCUGUAACGGACGUGCCUUUGCGGGUCGUUGCUCAAUUUGACGACAGCCUCCGUUGCCAGCACCUGACAAUAUUCACACUUUGAAUUUGUUUUUCAGAGGAUUUGGAUGGUCUAAUGUGCACUUCUGCAAACGGCCAGAAGAUGGUGGCGUUACAGUGGUGAUGAGACGCGGACGGUGCGUGUGAAAGGAGGAGGGAUUUCCUCUCCUCUCUCCCAUCACCAUCACCAUCAUCAUCAUCCUACUCCUGGAUGUAUCGGCGUGCGAUGCACCUGUUUUAUUCUUUAUUUGGGGUACCGACCGCUGAAAUGCUCUCUUUUAUCCUGUGUCACCACUAGCCUCACGACAAGGUUCAAACCAAACAUCCAUAUUUAUUAGCGAGGCAUAGAUUCAUGGUGAUUUAAAGAGAGGAUGUGGUGAUUUUUUUUUCGGCGGUGCAGCAGUGAGACAGCAUCUUUGCCGGUGACACAUCAUUAUCAAUACCAGUGGAUAAGCCCAUACGAGGCCAUGUCGGACAAAAGUGACCUAAAAGCUGAGCUGGAGCGCAAAAAGCAGCGCCUGGCCCAGAUCAGAGAGGAGAAAAAACGAAAGGAGGAAGAGAGGAAAAAGAAGGAGGUAAGGCUAAAAUCAGAGAGCCAGCAGAAGACGGAGGCCGCCCCAGAGGAUUCAGACCUUGACCGCAAGCGCAGGGAGACUGAGGCCCUGCUACAGAGCAUCGGCAUUUCACCAGAGCCUCCUCUAGUCCCGACCCCCAUGUCCCCCUCCAAAUCAGUGAGCACGCCCAGUGAGACGGGGAGCCAGGACUCAGCUGAUGGGGGAGCAGCGGGAAGGUCAGGUUUCUCUAAAAACAAGUCACAAGCACAAAGCAACAGGACACUGCAGUGGGACACUGACCCCUCUGUGCUGCAGCUGCAGGCAGACUCUGACCUCGGGCGUAGGCUGCUCAGGCUCGGAGCCUCUAAGAUCACGCAGGUCGACUUCCUCCCCAGAGAGGUCGUCUCUUACAGCAAGGAGACGCAGACGCCGCUCACCGCCCACCUGUCUGAAGUAGAGGAGGAAGAGGAAGAUGAGGAGAUGACAGAGAUGAAGCCCGGCCCAGAGCUGGAGCAGCAGGACGACGACGACAACAAGGAAACAAAGGAAGGCGUGUUCCCGGUGCUGCGGGAGCUGACGGAGGAGGAGAGGCAGCAGAUUCUGCACUCCUCUGAGUUCCAGAGUUUCUUCGACUGCAGCAUCCGGGUGAUGGAGCGAGCGCUGGCCGAGGACAGCGACAUCUUUUUCGACUACAGCGGCCGAGACCUGGAGGACAAAGAAGGGGACUUGGCCGGCGGCUCCAGUCUGUCCUUCAGCAGGCUCUUCUACGAUGAACACUGGUCCAAACAUCGCGUCAUCACCUGCCUUGACUGGUCGCUUCAGUAUCCUGAGUUGCUGGUUGCCUCCUAUAACAAUAACGAAGAUGCUCCCCAUGAACCAGAUGGUGUUGCCCUGGUCUGGAACAUCAAAUUUAAGAAGACCACACCGGAAUACAUCUUUCACUGUCAGUCUCCAGUGGUGUCUGUGGGCUUUGCCAGGUUCCAUCCCAACCUGGUGGUAGGGGGUACUUACUCGGGACAGAUCGUGCUAUGGGACAACCGCAGUCACCGCCGGACCCCUGUCCAGAGGACCCCCCUGUCUGCUGCUGCACACACUCACCCAGUGUACUGUGUGAACGUGGUGGGCACCCAGAAUGCCAACAACCUGAUCACUGUGUCUACAGACGGCCGGAUGUGCUCCUGGAGUCUGGACAUGCUCUCCCAGCCGCAGGAGAGCAUGGAACUGGUGUACAAUAAAUCCAAGCCGGUGGCGGUGACAGGCAUGGCCUUCCCCACGGGAGACGUCAAUAACUAUGUGGUGGGGAGCGAGGAGGGCACCGUGUACACCGCAUCUAGACAUGGCAGUAAGGCGGGCAUCUGCGAGAUGUUCGAGGGCCACCAGGGGCCAGUGACGGGCAUCAGCUGCCACAAUGCUGUGGGCCCCGUCGAUUUUUCCCACCUCUUUGUGACAUCCUCCUUCGACUGGACCGUCAAACUCUGGAGCACCAAGCACAACAAGCCUCUGUACUCCUUUGAGGACAACGCUGACUACGUGUAUGACGUCAUGUGGUCGCCUGUGCACCCUGCGCUCUUUGCCGCUGUUGACGGCAUGGGCCGCCUGGACCUGUGGAACCUCAACAACGACACUGAGGUGCCAACAGCAAGCGUGACCAUCGAGGGCACCUCGGCUCUCAACAGGGUCCGCUGGUCGUCCGGAGGGAAGGAGGUGGCUGUGGGUGACUCAGAGGGGCGCGUCUGGAUUUAUGAUACUGGAGAGCUGUCUGUGGCCCACAGUGACGACUGGGCACGUUUUGCACGUACCCUCAUGGAGAUUCGCGCUAACCGGGCCGACGGCGAGGAGGAGGGGCCUGUGGAGCUGGCUUCAUAGGAUCAGACUGCCAAAAAAAAACUAACUAAAGGAGGUGGUAUCACAGUGGGGGAUCUCACCCAAUCAGAGGCCCGGCGCUCUUGACGCUGUCAUUGUAGCAUGUGCUUCUCAACCUCCCUCACUUCGGUUACAUCUCUCUUCGUUUCUCUCACUUUAUGUACUGUAAACUGUCUCGUCCACAGAAGGACUUGCUUUCUCGUACUGUAUUUUUUUUUUUGCAUUUGCUCCCCUGUAAAUGCAAAUGGUCUAUUAAUGGGUAAACUGUUGACUUCUACUUGUUUGUCCACCCUUAUUUAUUUGCCCAGUUACUUGAGGUUAUGUGUUGCUUGCAGCUCGUGAGCCUAUAUGAAAAGUGGCAGUCUUAUAGCCUUAUGACGACAAGCGUACUGUAACACUGCAACGCACUACCGUAAAAACAAAACAGGGUCCAUAGAGUAACGCUGUAUUCUGUUCACAAAAAAAUGUCACGUUCGGUUUAUGUUGUGCUUCUUUCUCCGUAUUAUGCCUGCAUGCAACACAUUUAUGGGAUAACUCAGAUGCAUAAACAUGAAGUUACUAUGGUGACGUUAUAAUACGUUGUGCGGCUUGUUAACUGCUUUAUGUCGAUGUUACAGGGCCGUUCGGUGAAUCAAGUGGAGGAGUGUGUUUUAACAUUGUCUAUGUUUUGAACUUGAGAGAGCUACUACUGUAUAUUAUUUCAUGAACUGUAAUGAUUAACAAGAGGUAUAUUGUAAUGCAGAGUACUCGCUGUUUACCUUGCCAUGUUUACCAUUAAAGCA